AUGCGUGUGCAGUUAUACCACAGCCUGAAGACUGAACCACCAGACUUGCUAAGAGCAGGAAUGAUGUACACUGACUUACCGUUCACUUUGGACUCUUCUUUAGUUGAAAAACCUAGCUCCAGCGGAGCGAUUUCGAACGUGUCACUGGGCAAGCGAAAGGAACUACCCAGCUUUUGGGUACCAUCACAAACACCGGCAGCUAAGGUAUCGCGCAUCGAGAAACCGGACAGCAAAAUCUACUGUCCCGUGUCGAACAAACCCCUGAAGGCAAAGGAUUUGAUUGAGGUAAAGUUUACCCUGGUAAAGGAUCCCGCCGAUAAGAAAUCACUGAUUGCGAAGGAACCGAUACAUGUGUGCGGUGACGCACGAUAUCCUGAACAUUCCGUACCGUGUGCGGUGCUGAAACCGAC